AUGGAACAAUUAUUAGAAGCAAUCAGCGAUGCAGUAUCAUCAAUGGUUUUAUAUUCUGUAGAAGCAGAUGAAAGCAAUGCAGCAAUUCCAAAUAUUUUACCAGGAGCACAAGGUGUAAAGUCAACAGUCGAUUAUUUAGUUGAUUUAGCUGCAAAGAGUGCCUUACUUUGGGAUAAUUUCAAUCAACCAGAUAUGAAAAUUAAAAUGGUUAAUACAUGCGAUCAAAUUAGAGAAGCAACAGCAUUCCUUUUAGAGGCAGCAACUAUUCUUUCAAAUAUGCCAUUUAACAAACCAGCUAAAAAGACUUUACUCAAAGGCGCCAAGGGUAUUAUGGAGCACAUGGUUGUAUUACUUCAACAGGCCGAUCUUUAUGAAGUCACUCGUUUAAUUAGAGCUGCAAGACGUACCGAAAGUAAAUUAAAAAUUUUCAUUGGUCUGGAUCCAGGAGAAACCUUCUUUGCAACUGCUGCACAAGAUUUUGUAACCUCCACUGUAGAUGUCGGUAAAAUUGUCACCAAAAGAAUAAAUGAAAUCGAUGAUUAUGCUUUAAAGAAACGUUUCGAAGAAGCCAACAAUUCAUUAAAGGUAGAGGUUCCAGUCGUUCUUCAACAUUUUGCUUAUUACCAAAGAGAUGGAAACGAUAAACAUUCUUUCAACGAAGGUCAUAAAGUUGCAAAUACAAUUUUCGCUAUUAUCGAUGAAAUUAUUACUGUUGCCAGAUUAUCAGCUAAAUCACCAUUCGACUUAUCAAUGAUUCAAGGUCUCGAUUUAAGAGAUGAAGAUGAUUUAAAGGAUGCAAAUAUUUUAAUUGCUCAAGAAAAACAAAAAUUAUUAUCUGCUAUUGAAGCUGGUGAUGGUAAAGAAGCAUCUAGAGCAUUAAAAGCCAUUAAGAAAGGUUUGAAUGACCAAAUUGUUAUUUCCAAAGCUUUAGCAAAAGCUACUGAUAAUCCACUUGAAAAGAAACGUUUAGAAGAUGCUGCAAGACAUGCUAAAUAUGUAUUAGAUGAUCUUAUUGAACAUUUUGGUAAAGCAGUUGAAGAGUUAUUAGCAAAACCAGAUAAUUCAAUUUUAUUAAAUAGAUUAAAGGCAAAUUUGGAUACAAUUAUGGAUGCAUCAGAUCAAAUGGUAACAAGUUCAGCAAGAUUAUCAUCAAAUGAUGUAGCAGAUGCAACAAAGAUUCUUGAAGAUUUAAUUGAAAAGAUUAAAGGCAAUAUUUCAAAGAGUGAAUUCGAUAGACUUAAAUCCAACGUUCCAAUGCUCAAACCAGCCUUCAAUGAAAUUGUUGAUAUUGUUGAUGGUAUUGCAGCCUCCACCGAGGAUGAAACAAUUAAACAUACUUUAGAAUAUGCAUCAAGAGAAGCAAGACAUAGAGGUUCAUUAAUCAUUGGUAAAUUAGAGGAUUUACGUCCACAAUUAGAAAGCGAUCCAAAUAACAGAGACAUAUCCAAUGAAAUGUAUGCAUUAUUAACUCAAUUGGACCAAAUUAGUAAAGAUCUCUUAAAGACAGUUUCAUUAGGUACCAGCACCCAAGUUUAUGAAAAUCAUAAGAUCAUUGAAGAAAAUUUAGCAAAAUUAAAACAAGCUGCUUUAGCUGGUGACAAGAAAGAAAUGCAAAAUGCUCUUCGUCUCAUUAGAAAGGCUAUGAAUGAUCAAUUAAAUAUUGCUCGUUCCAUUGAAAGAGUAACCGAAGAUCAACAUAUGAAAGAAGCUCUCCAAGCCGCUAUUCUCAAAGCUGAAGAGGAAUUGGACGAUAUGAUCAAGAAUCUUUAUACCGCAGCUCAGCUUGUAGUUGAAGAUACAACAAAUCCAAAAGCUAUUGCUUUAUUAGACGAAGCUAUUGCCGAUAUUGAUGCAUUAAAUGCAACUUUCCUUGGUGCUGUUUCAAGAGAUAUCAUGUCAAAUAACACUAGAGAGUUAGAAUCAAAUUUAGCUGGUUUAGUUCAAUCAAUCAAAACUGGUGAUCAACAAAAGACUGUUCAAGUAUUAAAAGGUAUCAUUGAAGAUAUUAAAAAACAAGGUCUUGUUGCAGAGUUAGCAUCCACAUAUGUCAGUAGCUCAGGUGACGAACAUAGGGCCCAAAGAAUUAAGGAUAGAGCUGUUGAUUUAACUAAUACUGGUCCAGAUCUUGUCAAAGCUGUUAAGGCCAACCUUGUCGAAAUGAAUCCAGAUAAUUUAGCUGCCCUUGCUCAAAGUAUUGGUGCUAUUCGUGAAGCCAAUAAGGAUUUAAAUAAUGCAGUAUUCUUAACAACCGAAGAAGAGCUUUUAGAGAAUUCAUCAAAGAUUGACCAAGAGAUGAGAAGAAUUCAAACCAAUCUCGAAAAUGGUAAACCAGUUACAAUUCAAGAAGUUAACUCACUCAUGAGAAAGAUGAAUAAUCACAUAAGAUUAGCUCAUCAACAUGCUCAAUCCAUUAAAGAUCCAAAUAGUAAAAAGAAUUUAUUAGAUUCAACUGAACGUCUUAACCAACUUGUAUCAUCAUUGGUUGGUGCAUGCAAGAAAUCAAUUGAAAAUCCAAAUGAUCAAGAUGCAAAGAAACAAGUUCAAAGCCUUUUGGACCAAGCAAUUAAAGCCAAUUUAGAUUUAAUCGGAAAUAACUUCUCAACUGCCGAAGAGUUAGUAUAUGGCGCACCAGUUCUUCUCAAAUUAAUUGGUCGUUUAGAGGACGCUUUAAUGAGUGGUGAUUUAGAAGAAGUCAAGCGUUGUUUCAAGGAUCUUAAUGAAGAACUUUCAAGACAACUCUUUUUAGCAAGAAUUGCAGAGUCAUCCAUUACCGACCCAGAAAGAAAGAAACUCUUACAAGAGGCUAUUGCUGAUCUUGAGUUGCUUCAAAAUCAACUUUACCCCUCAGUUAUGGAGUUUAUUGCUAAUCCAAAUAGUUUAGAGUCAAGAGAGAAACUUCAAGCUCUUUUAAGAAAAUUAAAGAAUGAAGUAGAACACGUUUCAUCUAUUUCAUCCACUUCACCAAGUGAACACCUCGAAAGCAAAUCAUAUGCAGUCGCAAAUGAACUUAAUAAAGUAGAAAAAGCUUUAGUUAAAAAUAACUCUGCUGAAGCCAAUGAUAGUGUUCAAAAAGCAAUUAAUGGUAUCAAACAACAAAUUCAACUUUCAAAACACAUUGCAGAACACACAGAUAACAUUGCACAAAAGAGAGCUAUUAUUGAAUUAUCUGAUAAAUUAGAGAAACAAUCAUUAGUUCUCCAACAAGCUGUUAAAGAAUCAAUUGCUAAUCCAAAUAGUGCCACACAUAAAGCUAAAGUUGCCGAAGCUGCUCAAGCUACACGUGUUUUAAUGGCCCAACUCAUUGCUGCCUCAUCAAAUAAAGUACCAGAGGAACAAGUUAUUGCCACCGCUAAUUCAAUUAAAAGAGAUCUUGACAAUCUUUCAUCCUCUCUUGCUUCUGGUAAAGAUGUCGAUAAGGCUAUCAAGGAACUUAAAUCUGCUGAAAUUAAACAAAAAGUCGAGUUACUUAAAGCUUAUGCCGCUAAAGUUCAAAAUCCACAUACCAAAAAACAAAUUAACAAUGCUAUUAAAGAUCUCGAAAAGAAUAUCAAUGACUCUGUUCAAUUUAUUGAAACUAAAGUCGGUGAUAAGCCAAUUACAGCUGAACAAUCAAAACAACUUAAACAACUCAUUAACUCAAGUUCCUUAUCAGCCAACCAAGUUAUCAGUGCUUCAACAGGCUCAAAUGAAGACCGUAUUCUUUCUCAAGCCGUUAAAAUUAAUGAAACACUCGAUAGAGUUUCUGCUUCAUCAAAGAAAGGUAACAAAGCUGAAGUUGAAUCUAAUCUCAAAGAACUUCGUGAAGAAAUUGGUGAUACUAUUCAAUUAGUUAAACAAGCAGCCGAACAAUCUAAAGAUCCACAUAAGAAGGUUGCAUUAAAUGAAGUUGCUGAAAAAUUAAAAACCAUUUCACAACCAAUCACCAAUGCUGCUAAUAAUGCUGCUAGUAAACCAAAUGACGCCACUGCUCAAGCUCAACUCAAUGAAGUUAUUAAUCAAACCAAAGAACUCUUAGCUAAAGCUGUAGGUAACUCAUCAAACAGUGAAGAUCCAUCUAAUCACCUUAAUCAAGUUUUACUCAAAGCUACCAAUGAUAUUAACCGUGUCAAUGGUGCUAUUGAAAGUGGUGAUCAAAAUAGUAUUGGUGAAGCUACUACCAAUCUUAAAGAUACUGAAAACCGUCUUAAAAUUCUUGCCAAAUCAUUGCCAAGUGGUACACCAGAAAAUGAUAAGAUUAGAGCCCACGUUAACAGUCUUGCUAAUCAAACUAUUCCAACUAUUGUAAAUAAUUCUAAUACAUUAUUAGUUCAACCAAAAGACACUGCAGCUAAACAAAAUGCCACCGCUCAAUACAAGAAAGCCCUUGAAGAUGUUGGAACUACAAUUUCAUUAAUCAACAAAGCUCCAGAAGAUAAAAUUAUUGCUAAUGGUACUUCAAUUCAUCGUGAUUCUGAACAACUUAUUAAUGGUGCCAAAUCUAGCGAUAAACAACAAGUUCAAGGUAAUGUUGAUACUGUUUAUAAGACUGCUUCAGAACAAUCAGUUUUAGCCCGUGCACUUGCAGCUCAAACUGAAAAUCAAAAUAGAAAACAAGAAUUAAUCAAUAGAGCCAAUGAAAUUGAUAAGUUAUUACCACAACUCGAUGCCGCAAAUAAAUCAAUUCAAUCAGGUGGUGAUAAGAUUGAUAAAUCAAAUCUUGAUAAGCUUGAAAAGGUUACCAAUGAUAUCAAAUCAUCCAAUCAAAAGAUUGUUGGUGAAGCUAUAAAUGAAAAAUUAGAAAAAGAACACAAAGAAAGAGAAGCUCGUGAAGCUGCAUUCAAGGCCGAGCAAGAACGUAUUCAACGUGAAAAAGAAGAAAGAGAAAAAGCCCAACAAGAUGAAGUUAUGGCCGCUGCACAAAAAAUUGCCGAAAGAACAAAAGAUCUCAACAAAGACUCUACUCCAGAAGGUAAACUUUAUAGCACCGCCCAAGGUAUUGCUGGUAUUAUGAGAGAUCUUUCAACUGCUGCCUCAACUAACGAUAAGAAGGGUAUGAUUCAAUGUUCUAAACUUUUAGCUGAACAAGUUAAUAUUUAUUUAGCUCAAGCUAAAGAAACUGCUGCUAAAUGUACAGAUCCAAAACUUAAAGAACAAAUUAUCACUGCCGCUCAAGCUGCUAAAAAUUUCACUGUCCAACUUAAAAUUAUUGCCGCAGUUAAAGCUGCUUCAGAGGAUGAUGAUGCCAAUACAAAUAAACAACAAUUAGUAAAAUGUUCAAAAGGUUUAGCUAAAGCAGUAGUUCAAACAAUUAAUGCUGUUGAAAUUGGUCAAAUUAGAGUAAGAUAA